AAGCGGAAAGUCAACGAAUUUUGCAGGGUUGGUUCACGGAUUUAAACAGUUCUGUGUAAUCGUUUUCAUGUGUUUUGUUGAUAUUAAUCAAAUUAAAAGUGUAAAGUUUCAACUGUUCUAGUUUUUUUCUGUCACCCUGCCUAGCCUUUUUUUCUGGGUUUGGUAUUGCAUUUGUCUUCAUACUUUCAUCAUUUAAUCAUCAUUGUUUACUAUCCAGCUUUAGAACUAGGACAAUCUUAAAUACACCAUGGAUACCUCUACAUCUAGUGUUACUACCAAAGAAAUCAAAAUAUUGGAAACUGUUGAAGAUAUUCAGGAAAGAAGAGACCAAGUUCUUGGAAGAUAUCAAAGAUUCAAGGAAGAAGCUAAAGAAAAGAGAAGUUUAUUAGAAGAUUCAAAGAGAUUUCAAUAUUUCAAAAGAGAUGCAGAUGAACUUGAAUCGUGGAUAUUGGAAAAAUUACAAACUGCUUCAGAUGAAUCGUAUAAAGAUCCAACAAAUUUACAGGCUAAAAUUCAAAAACAUCAAGCAUUUGAGGCUGAAGUGACUGCUCAUUCCGAUGCUAUUGUAUCUCUCAGUGCUACCGGUGGUGAAAUGAUUAACCAGGGACAUUUUGCUGCUGAAGUGAUCACUCAUCGUCUCGAUGAACUUCACCGACUAUGGGAACUACUUCUUUCCAAGUUAACUGAAAAAGGACUAAAACUUCAACAAGCUCUUGUACUUCAGCAAUUCAAUCGACAAUGUGAUGAAGUUAUGUUCUGGAUCAAUGAUAAAGAAGCAUUUGUUACCUCUGAUGAGAUGGGACAAGACUUGGAACAUGUUGAGGUGCUCCAAAGGAAAUUUGAUGAAUUUCAAAAAGAAAUGGCAAGCCAAGAAUUUCGAGUGCAAGAAGUUACAAAGCAAGCAGAUAAACUGGUUGGUGAAAACCACCCUGACCACGAAAUUAUCAUUAGACGUCGAACCGAAGUCGAAGAAGCUUGGAAACGUUUGAAAUACUUGACGUCAGUUCGUCAACAAAAACUUGCCGGUGCACAAGAGAUUCAAAUAUUCAACAGAGAUGCUGAUGAAACUAUUUCCUGGAUUCUUGAAAAAGAUCUAGUUAUAUCUUCGGAUGACUAUGGUAGAGAUUUAGUAAGUGUUCAAGCUUUACAAAGAAAACACGAAGGAAUUGAAAGAGACCUUGCAGCUUUGGAAGAUAAAGUUCUCAUUUUAAGAAGCACAUCAACUUUAGUCUUUUUUAUCGUUAUGAUUAUCUAAUACCGUCUGAUUAAUUCAUUACAAACGAUUCGAUUCUUUAAGGUCGCUUCAAGAUUGAUACAGCCAUAGCUGUGGCAAUGUAAUACAAUAAUUAUUGCCACAGCUACGACUGUACCAUUUGUCAGAAGCGGAAAGCGAUCACAGUGCUAAUAAAGUUCGGGAUAAUCCGUUACACUUGGAUAGCUAAACGGGGAGGUUUUCUUACUAAUGCUGGUCAAAGUGAUUCUCUUGAUCUUAAAGGGAAAGAUAUUAAAGGCAAUUCGUCAGUUGAGUAAUCGUCAAUCCGUUUGUUCACUAAUGACAACGGUAGGUGCAACUAGGGAUGCAAUUGUUUGAAACUGAAUGAAAACAAAACAGAUGAAUAUUUAAAAAUCAUAUCUAGAGUUCAUAGAAACAGUUUUUAUUCACAAAUAAAAUGAUUGUUACACUUUAAUUUCAUUGGAAGCAUCUGGCGAUAAAAUUGUAUAAUUUAAAAUUGUAUGAGAAACCACGACCCAACCGUUCCUUGGAUCAUUUUCAGGGAAAAGGACAUAAUUUCUUCUAUCUUCACUCAGAGGAAGAGAGAUUGUAUCGACAAAAUUUAUAAUACUGAUUAUAAAAUAAUCUUCUUUUUCGAUUUUAGGGAAAAGUGAAGCAGUUUCAGAAUCAAGCUCAAGAUAAAUAUUUAGAAGAUCCUUGGUUGAAUUAAAAAAACGAACUUUGAAUACACUUUCCAUUAAAACACGACGAAUAUAAUUCAUGUAGGCGAGCUCAUAUUCCUGAAUUUGGUCCUUUGGAAGCGUAUAAUUGAUUUCACUCAUGUGAUAUUUUAUGUCCAAUUCAAUAUGCUUUGAAUCGAUCUUUACUGGUCCAUGAAUAGUACUUGUUUGAUUCUUGAAUAAAUACAGAUAACAAUUAUCAUUUUCGUCGA